AUGGGAGUUUGCGCAUCAUGCUUGGGGCGGCGCGACAGCGACGCCUACGAUGAGGAUGAGGAGAACCGGCUCCUGUACGACGACGCCAACGGCAUGCAAUACGGCAGCUUUGGCGACCAAGGCUUGACAGGCGAGAACGACACCCUCGAAGUCCAGCGAGAGAACGAAGCCCUCCAGAGAGUGGUGGCCAAGACAUCAAACAACAUGGUGGACAUCUUCGAGAUUGCUCCGCAAGAGAACGCUUCCCGCGGGACCUCGACGCCGUUCGCAUAUGCCGGCCAGGGCGCACGCCUAGCUCGAUACCAGCAUCUUGUCUCGAAGCUCAACACGCAAGGCGACGCGCCGGCUCCUGGCGUCAAGGUCGACUGGCUGCCAGAGGAGGAGACGAUCGAAAUGCAGCGUAAUGGACCAGCCAGCAUCAAGACCAUCGACACCGACGAUGGACCCCUUGUAGGGACUUUUGCCGACGCCGCCGCAGCCAUGCAGUGAUGAUGACCAUGGCAUACUCCGUGGAGUUGCUUCACCAAUCGGGCCACAGCAAUAGCCCGUUGCCGCCAUCGGGAGCCUCUUGGACAUAUGUAUAACAUUCGGGGUGGGGAGACGAGGAAGAUAUGGCGAGGAAGAUGUGACGAGAGUUGGCUGAUCGAUGGCGAUGGCGGUGUAGCGGAGGAACAGAGUCGAUGGGCUCACGGCAUCUUGAUAUUCGGCCUCCUUUUCUCGUUGCUUCCUCUCCCCCGGUUCCCUCAUCCCUGGCAUGACCUGGCAGAUGAUCCCCUCUGCCCGAGUCCCCGUCCAAGGUUGCCCGACGGGUCAUGUCGACGAACUCUUUUUACUCACGCAU